AGAGGUGUUUUAAUCAGAAAUCUGGCAACCCGAGUGAACACCAUCAUGGCGUCCGUCACUGAGCUGAAGAGCGCCCUAAAGGAGACAUUGGAGACGCGGGGUGUGCUCACACAGCUCAGAGCGAGGAUGAGGGCGGAGGUGUUCAGGGCGCUGGAUGAUGCGAGCGAGCCACGCCCCUCACCGAGCCGCGAGACACUCUUGAUUAACGAGCUGAUCCGCGAGUACCUCAGGUUCCACAAGUACCAUCACACUGAGUCUGUGCUCAUCACAGAGGCCGGACAGCAGGAUGUUCCUUUGGACCGAAAGUUCAUCGCCACUGAACUGAACAUCGUAGAGGAGCCGAGCGCCAGGACACUUCCUUUGCUGUAUGGAGUCAUCUCUCACUUCCUGAAAGAGGAUGAAGCAUGAUAGACAGAGCCGGAGAUGUUGCAUUAUCCCCAGGAAGUUGCAUUACAACAGGAUGUCACAACACUGUUAAAUGAUUAUUGUUUAUACCAUCAAUUGUACCGAAGGCUCUGUGUGUGUGUGUGUGUGUGUGUGUGUGUGUGUGUGUGUGUGUGUGUGUGUGAGAGAGAGAGAGAGAGUGACACUCUGCGUUUGGGUGUGUGAUUUUUCUAAACAUUCAUAAAAAUUAAACAUUUUUAUCUUU